CAGGUAAUGAAGGGACGAGGUCGCGACAGAGAGAAAAAGGACGUCGGAAGUACAAGGAAGCAGGCUGACCGUAAAGGUCAACAUGCAGAGAACUGGUCCCACAGGUUAGAACAUUCUACAGAGAGGACUGAAAUGUCCAACCAUACACAGUUUCCACUCAAAGGCAGCACACUCUCCUCAAUUAUAUGAUGACGCUGAGUGUUGGUCUGACUAGGGCUCCUUCAUCCCUUGUCGGCGAUAGUGAGUCUACACCAUACCUCUGGCAGUUCAAAGAAGCAGAUUCCUAUACUUGGAAAAAUUUCGGCCGCUCUGACAAUGUUGUUCUGGAAGAGCUUUACUGUGACGUAAACAAUGUGGAGGUUGAAAUCGAACUUGAAGACACCACAAUAAGACAUACAAGAAAGCUAUCAGGAAAGAUGUCAGCCAAUUUUCAUACAAUGUCCAUGAGCUUGAUUUCCUCCUUUAACCAGUUUUUGAUCCGUCGAUGCUCAACACCGUCUUACAUCAAAGAACGCGACAACAAGUUUCCCACACUGUGGGUUUGGUAUUGGGAAGACAUCGAUGGAUGGAAAAAAUAUACUGAAACAAAGCUUUGUUCUGGAACAAAACAAGAGCAAAUUGAAGCAUCGUAUCUAAAUGGAGACCCUGCUUACUACUUUCAAAUCGGUGGGAACGAUUACGUCAUACAUUUUGAGGGUACACUUAUGAACCAAAGGAGUGCAGAUCCAAAAGUCCAAGCGGCUCGGCUCGUCAGAAGAAGACCAAUGUCAGCACUGCAGCCCACAGUGACCAAUCCGAAAGGUCAGGUAAUAGCCGUUGAAAGAACUAACCUGAAAAAGGACACCAAAGAAUACCGAACUGUGAGUGAGCGCUUUCACGAAACAAUGCCGGAACACCGCGCCUCUAUAGUGAUGGUGGAAAAAAUAACAAAUGAUCAUUUAUUGCAGAAAUACGAAAGAAAGGGCCAAGAAAUGAGAGAGCAACUUAAACCUAUACGUGAAAAGUUACUGUUCCAUGGUACUACAUCAAAUGUUGUUGAUGCCAUCUGCACACGCAACUUUGACCACAGAAUGUGUGGGAAGAACGCGACAAAAUAUGGGCAAGGAAUUUAUUUCGCUGUAGACGCAUCUUACAGCAAUAACUUCAGCAAAGCUAAGGGUGACAGAACGAGAUACAUGUUUCUGGCAAAAGUGUUGACUGGAGAAUUUAAGCGUGGAGAGCAAACUUUUCGUCGACCGCCAUUGAAGGAUCCAAGCAAUCUGGCAGGUGAUUUGUACGAUUCUUGCGUUGACGAUGAAAAUCAAUCAAAGAUCUUUGUCAUUUUUGAUAACGAACAAUGCUAUCCUUCGUAUUUGAUUAAAUAUUACUUGAAAUAGUUUUAGGCAUCAAAGUCAGAUGCAUCAAACUACGGUAGAAAGUCGGUCACAAGCGCAUUAAUAAAUAAAUACUUAAACAGCUACCACAUAUUACCGGUGGACUCAGUAGUUUACAUUGUGGGCCAGAAAGAGAGAAAAAAAGGCAAUUUAUAAUUGAUUAUGCUAUAUAAAAAAUAUCAUGAGAAGUCAAGUAUUUCAAAAGUUAAAAAUAGUGAAAAACAGUUAGUUAGAAAACAUUCACUUAAAAAGGUAGUUUGAUAAUCUGAUCAGUUCCAGGGAGACCUGGAAAACUGUGAGCUUUGAGGAACAGAUAAUGUCCAAAGACAAGUGAACGAGCACAUUUUAGGGGCCAAAUGGCGCUUAUUGCGUGCAAUAUCCUUUAAUAUUUUUCCAACACGCGGGGAAAAUGUUAACGAACAACUCGCUGUUUGCUGCUUGAAAUGUUUCAUUUUUAUGUUUCAUCUUCAAUAAUAGCCACUUUCAUCUUAAAUUCAAUUUUAAACGAACGCUUUCAUCGUAGUUAAUGUUAGGUUUCAGAAUUGGGGAAAAUCACGCCAAAAGGGUAUAUCCUCGGAUGUUUUGCAGCUUAAGAUGGGACAUUAGUCUCCCAGUUUUAGAUGGGCCACUACCGCUUUAUAGAGGUGAACAUUACAGUGCCGUUGAUUAAUGAGAAGCAGAUUCGGGACCCUGAAAACCGACCGCUUAAAAAAGGAUGACCGCUUUAUAAGGUGCCGUUUAAUACAGGGUUCCACUAUAUUAUCAAAUUACAUUUUAAAGUGAAUCUCUGUUGUUGAUAGUAAUUUAUCAGUAUCAGUAUUGCAGCACUUUAAAGUUGCAUGUUCUGCCGAAAGGAGGUCAUAAGUUAUGGUCUUAGCUUUCCCACGAGAGCCAAUGAUGUAAUAUGACCCUAAUACGUAAUAACGUCUGGAGUUUCGUUUUGUUAUAAUUUUACUGCAGUUUUAUAGGCUUUCAGUUUUCUUUUUUUCAGUGGACCCCCCUGAAAACUACUUAGAGUGAUAGAGGUCUCUCAAAAUAUGUAAUUUAUUAUCAAGAUUAUUUUUUCCAUUGUA